AAGGCCAGGGUUGCCUGCGGGGAGGUUACUCAUCCUGGGCUCAGGUAAGAGGGCCCGGGUUGGGAGGCGGCACACCUAGGGGGGACGCUGAGGGAGCAGGAUCGAACCAUGGACCCCACCAGGAAAGCAGGCGCCCUGGCAGUGAUCUGGACUACAGGCUGGCUGCUGCUGCUGCAGAUGCUGCUCCUUCGAGAAGGAGCUCAGGCCCUGGAGUGCUACAGCUGCGUGCAGAAAGCAGACGACGGAUGCUCUCCGCAGAAGAUGAAGACGGUAAAGUGCGCGCCGGGCGUGGAAGUUUGCACAGAGGCCGUGGGAGCGGUGGAGACCAUCCACGGGCAAUUCUCGGUGGCAGUGCGCGGCUGCGGUUCGGGACUCCCGGGCAAGAAUGACCGCGGACUGGACCUUUACGGGCUUCUGGCCUUCAUCCAGCUGCAGCAAUGCGCGCAGGACCGCUGCAACGCCAAGAUCAACCUGUCCACGCGAGCGCUCAAUCCCGCAGGCAAUGAGAGUGCGUACGAGCCCAACGGCGCCGAGUGCUACAGCUGCGUGGGGCUGAGUCGCGAGGCGUGCCAGGGUACCGCGCCGCCCGUCGUGAGCUGCUACAACGCCAGCGACCGAGUCUACAAGGGCUGUUUCGAUGGCAACGUCACCUUGACGGCAGCUAAUGUGACUGUCUCCCUGCCUGUUCGGGGCUGCGUCCAGGACGAGUUGUGCACCCGGGACUCGGCGACAGGCCCGGGGUUCAUACUCAGUGGCUCCUGCUGCAAGGGGUCCCGCUGUAACUCGGACCUCCGCAACAAGACCUACUUCUCCUCGAAAUUCCCACCCCUUGUCCUGCUGCCCGCCCCUCAGCCCACCACUCUGGCCCCAACCACCCCUGUCACUACUUCUACCCCAGCCCCAACCAUGCGCACUUCUGCCACCUCUGCCACCUCUGCCACCUCUGCCACCAAACUCACCAAACCCACCUUGGCCUCAACCAGCCAGACUCCUCCAAAGGAAGUAGAACCUGAGACCUCCCACAAAGAGGAAUCUAGCUUGGCUGGAGGUGCUGCUGGCCACCAGGACCGUAGUAAUAUGGGACAGUACCCCACAAAAGGCGGGGCCCAUAAUAAAGGCUCUGCAGCUCCCUCGGCUGGGCUGGCGGCUCUGCUAUUGGCUGUGGCUGCUGGUGCCCUAUGAGCUUCUUCACCCAGAGACCUCCUUCCUGCCCUACUCCCCCGGCCCUAGGCACCCUCUCUUCCCUUUCUCAUCACUGGACUGGGCUGGCCCAGCGCCUGUUCUUCCAAUCUCCUCCCAGUUUCCCCAGCUUCUGCUGCACUGGUUUGCAGCUUUGGGAAAUAAAGUUACCGUUGUAUAUAGCCUGCCGAGGUGUUCUAGCUUUUGGAGGGCAGCAAAUGUAUCCCCCUCAUCUUUGUCGCUCCCUUGUCUCCUCAUGGUGCCCAGGACAGAGAGGAGUCAGAGCUGUCACAGGGAUCAUGGGGGAAUCAAUGAUAAGCUUCCUGUUCGCUUUCUCACAGCCGACCUGGAACAUGGGGAGCGGAGCGGGAUAAUGGUUCCUUCCUCUGAUGGCUGCUGGUCCUGCCCCUCCAUCUUUGUGGGAAUCAUUUUGGCAUCUGUCUUCCUUACUAGACUGUGAGCUCCUCAAGGGCAGGGAUUGCGCCUUAGGCCUCUGUGUGGUCAGUUUCUGGCAAGU